UAGCUCUUUAUUAUAAUUUCUAACAAGGCUGUAACCAUGUAUUAACAUUUGGUGGACCAAAUGUGACUAGGGGUGUGGGUUGGAGUGUGAGGGGGUAUUAAGAAAAGAUUAAACACAUUUUUGGAAGUUUAAAGUGAAUUUGAGUGUAAAUUAAGAAAUGUCCACUGUAUGCAUUGUAAAAAAAAAAGUUCCCUUGAAAAUUGCAAUAACUUGCCAGUACGUUAUUCUAAAUUAUUUGAGUGUUAUUACUAUAAUGUAAAAUACAGUAAUCAUUACUUUACUGCAAGUGCAGAGUAUGACACUGUAAUAGCUCAUUGUAAUCAAACAAGAUUAUUUUAUGUGAAAUAAAUAAAAGGUUUACUGGAUUUGCUCAUAGCCUAUUCAUGCAUACAAAAGCAAAACAGUAAUACAUUUGCAAAUGAAAGUCCUAUCAUUCUCUAAUGAAUUGGGAUACCACAUGGGGAUUCAGGAAUGCUGCUGUCUUUUGGACUAUUUGUCCGGUCUGACAGCUGAUGUGGACCUUUGAGGAACACUUCUUCUGCCUCAUCAGCUUUUCAGAAACUUUGAUUUUCAUCAUUGGCCAGUUUUUUUUUUGCAGUCAAAACAUUCACUGUGAAUGGUUCCACAAUGAAAGUAAUAAUUCUGUAUCCCAUGUCUAUAAAUGGUUGCCCAUAAUGCAUUGCCAUUCACAGUAGUUAAGAGUAAAAUAAUUUCACAGUAUGAUACUGCACAAUAUACUGUAAUAUACUGUGUCAUUUACAAAAAAUGCUUAGAGUGUAUAAUAAUAUUUCAGAACUUCUGUUGACAUAAAUAUAUUCUUAAUUGCUAAAAGAAAAAAAUUAUUGAAGAACAUUCAGCUGGUAACUAUAUGAUUGUAGUCAUAUUAACUACAGGUUCAGUAUUAGGACAGUAAGCAUAUAAUCAACUGGAACAUAUUGUCUACGACUAUAUGACUCUGCUAUAUGAAUUCGUAUCAGAUCCGUUUCUCGGUGAUUGGCUUCACUGCCCAACUUGAAUCGAACAUGUUAUCUGUUGAGGUUCAAUUAAUAUGCUGAAUCAGAAUAUUUUUGUUCAGAAAUGUUUUGAGGACAGUCUGUUAUUCAGCAUUCACAAUAUGUGUGUACACAUUUUAGGUAAUUAAUGCAUUUAAACAUGUCAUUUUAUAUAAAGCAAUUAUGGUGGUUUAUAUAUUGAAAUGUAUUUAUAUGUUUACGUAUUCAUUUAGCCAAAGCUGGCUUCUGACAAAAAAGACCGAAAAAAAAUAGAUUUAAAAUUAAUAGUCGGCAUUACUUUUAUCUCGGUUUAUUACAAUUAUUAUUUAACAUAAUGAAUAUUAUCAGUGGUUGACUUGAGAAUUUGCUUUACUUUUUAAUUUAAAAGUGAACCUUACCAUAUCGUGCGCACAGCGUCGCUGUUGACUCGCAAGACGCAUCCUUUAGAUGACCAUAGAGAAGGCAGGCAGGAAAUCAGAAGUGAGAAAGAAGCAUUGACGCUGUCCGUGAAAGAACCUUCCUCUACAUUUUCUUUUAUUUGUUCAAUUUUGUGGCCAUAUUCCUUUCGAUCCACUGACAGAUAAUUGUGGCAGAUGUUCACUUUUAAGUGCGUUGAGCAUUAAUUCGUUUUGUUGGGUGUAGGCUAUUUAAGUCCUUACGUUAACAAUGGAAUCGAAGGUCUCUGUGUCUGCACAGAAAAGGUACGUUUUGUUUUCCAUUGUUUUUCCGCUGACUUGGAGUGUAGCAUUUUCUGUCACUCGCUACUCCAUUCCCGAGGAAAUGAAGGUGGGGUCCGUUGUUGCGAACUUGGCCGUUGAUUUGGGGCUGGGUGUAGAUGCUCUGUCUCAGCGAAAAAUGCGCCUUGAAAUGUCGACAAGCAAAAAAUAUCUGGAGGUCAACAAAGACACUUGGGAACUUUACAUUAUAGAUAAGAUGGACAGGGAAUAUCUAUGCACGAAUAAAAUGUCUUGCAUCCUUAAAAUGGAUGUUUUUAUCGAAAAUCCGUUGAGAAUAUUUUAUAUUGAACUGGAAAUUACGGACAUCAACGACAACGCUCCAGUUUUCCGAAGGGAUAAAUUACAGUUAGACGUUUCGGAAUCGGCGACGCCAGGAGAGAGAUUUUCGCUUACAAAUGCGGUUGAUCCAGAUGCUGGUGAGAAUUCCAUUAGCACUUAUGAUCUGAGUGAGAGCGAACAUUUUGCUAUUGAGAUACAAACGGGAAGCGAUGGAGCCAAGUAUGCAGAUUUGGUUUUGAAGAAGGCUUUAGAUCGAGAACAGCAGGCAGUACAUAAUCUAAUACUCACUGCCGUAGACGGCGGAGUCCCUGCUCGUUCCGGCACCGCCAGCAUCAUUGUGCGCGUGCUGGAUACGAAUGACAACGCCCCUCAGUUUGACCAUCAGGUUUAUUCGGUUAAUAUCUCGGAAAACUCCCCAAUAGGAACACAGGUAUUGAAGCUGAAUGCUACGGAUCUAGACGAGGGCUCAAAUGCAGAUAUAAUAUACUCUUUUACAUUCUACACUUCUGAGAAAACACAGGAAAUGUUCUCCUUAAAUCCAAAAACAGGAGAAAUACAAGUUAAAGAUGUGAUUGAUUUCGAAGAAAUAAAAAUUCUGGAGAUGCAUAUUCAGGCGAAGGACAAUGGGCAACAACCGCUGUCUGGACAGUGUAUGGUUAUGGUGUUUGUGACUGACGUGAAUGACAACUAUCCUGAGAUCACCAUCAAAUCUUUCAAUAAUGUAAUUAAAGAGAAUGUACCAGUUGGUACAGUAAUAGCCCUCGUGAGUGUAAGCGAUAGGGAUUCUGGGAGUAGUGGAAUGGUAGAUCUUGCGAUAUGCGACCUGUUUCCAUUUGCGCUUAAUGCUUCGUCUGAAAGCCUUUAUGAGUUGACAGUUUCAGAGCUUUUGGAUCGAGAAACGACUGCAGAAUAUGACAUCACAGUUAUCGCCACAGACCGGGGUACUCCCCCUUUGUCUGAUAACAAAACAAUAACCGUCGAACUCCUGGAUGUUAAUGACAACGCACCACAGUUCCCAAAGUCAUUCUACACCAUCCCUGUUGUAGAAAAUAACGCGCCUGGAUCACUGCUUGGUUCCCUCACAGCAUUUGAUCCAGAUUUUCACGAAAAUCAGUAUCUUGUUUAUUUCAUUAUAGAAAAGGAAAUUGUAAACACGUCAAUGUCGAUGCUCUUUUCCAUUAAUCCAGAGAAUGGAGAUCUUUACGCACUGAAAACAUUUGACUACGAGAGAGAAAAAGAGUUCCUUUUCCACAUUGAAGCCAGAGAUUCUGGUGUCCCUACACUCAGCAGUAAUGUUACUGUCCACAUCAUUAUUCUGGAUCAGAAUGACAACACGCCACUCAUAGUCUCUCCGUGGCGGGCGCACGGAUCUGUGGUUGAGGAAGUGAUCCCAAGAUCCACCGACAAAGGACACCUGAUUGCUAAAGUGAUCGCCAUUGACUCUGACUCUGUGCAGAACUCCCGAGUCACAUACCAGUUUCUACAGGUUCCAGACGCGACUUUAUUCAGCCUGGAUCAGUACAACGGAGAAAUCCGGACAAUGAGAAUGUUUAGUUACAGAGAUCCCCGUCAUCAACGGCUGGUCGUCAUUGCCAAGGACAAUGGAGAUCCGGCUCUCUCUGCUACAGUUACCAUCAAGUUAUCUACGGUGGAACACGUUGUUAAAGCAUUUUCCGAGACGUCUGAAAUUCCUUUGGAAUAUGAUAUAUUUUCGGACUUAAACCUAUAUUUGUUAAUCGGUUUGGGCUCCGUUUCAUUUCUUCUGUUAAUGACAAUAUUGGUAACCAUCGUGCUGAAGUGUCAGAAACCGAAGCCCACCAAAGCGACCCCUCCCUGCAGAAACAGCGUCGUUAGCCAGAGGAGCUCUACUGUAGCGGAUUCCACCCUGGUGUCCAACGAUGCGUACUGGUACAGCUUGUUUUUAGCGGAGACGAGGAAGGGGAAGGUGGUGGUUAGACAGCCUAUACCGAAGAGUGGUGGUUACAUCGUUUCCAGUAUUCCCAGGAGCACUGGUCUGACAGAGACUAGCGAGUCAGCAGCGUCAACUCUGCAGUACUCAAAAUGAAAGGAACCCCCUUCCACAGCUGGAGGUAAUGCUGAAUCUGAGUCUUUAGGAGCCAUGAAUGAUGUGACGGCAAUGAGUAUUUUGUUUCUGUCUUGUUUUGGUCGUUGGUGCUGUUUUUUUUUUUGUCCAAAUUUCAAACUGAAAUCUGGGAUUAAUUACUUCCAGGUCUGGGGGACUUCUGUCCGUCUGAGACCCCCGGUAGUCCCAGUGUCCAUCUACAAAUGGCCUGGACAAACUGUCCACUGUCCUGUGCUGAUAUACCUACGUUCCUCUCCCCUCAUAAAUACACAGGCACACACACAGGGGAGUCAAGUUCAGUUCCGCAGAACCGAAGGGCAGUCCCCGUGCUGCUAUUUGGAGGUUACAUAAAUAGGGGGUGUAUUGGCUGCCCUGCUGCAGAGUAAUAAUGACAACGUGUGGUUUGUUUGGCAGAGGCCCCGGGUUAAAUGGUACUUAAAUGGUAGCCCAGAUUGGGACGAGAUUUGAGGUAGGCCCUCUUUGACUGCUGCCCUCCUGUCUGCUCUCUCCCUGGAGUCCUAGACACGAGCACCAGCGCAGAACACAGAACCGCGCCCACCUUGUAACCUCUGCAUCCACACAGAAGACAAAAAUCCCCACUUUGUUAGGUGCAUGAUCGCUAAUGUUUGCCUUCAGCACUGCUAUUGGACAGUUUAGUCACAGUAAUCCAGUCCCUGUUGGUUUAUCGAUUUGUUUGAUUCCUGGUACAUGGAGUUGUGUGAUUCGCCCUCCCUCCUCAGUGCAGGGGGAUGGAUAAAAGUGCAUCACCUGACAUCACUUCUCCCACCCUGUCACCAUGUAGUCCUAAAGCAUGUCAGUUUAUCGAUGGUGAUUCUUUCUGUAGCCAUGCCUGAUUAUUGACUUGACUGACAGCUGGGGGUGGGGUUAUUCUGCACUGAUUGCCUCUGCAUGCCUGUCUUAAGUCUGGACUGAUGGGAGUAUUGGGUCAGGGACACCUCUUCCCUGUGAAAUGACUGUGAUGUUUGAACCAAAGACCCCCCCCCCCCCCUCCCAGAAGCAAUCCUGAUUCUGUUCUCUUUAU